AUGUUGCAAGCUGCGUUCGUGCUCGCUUGGAGAGAAGGGACCGUCUCCCAGGGGACGUCGACCUUGAUUGGGGUCGCGAUCUGUGUGGCCGGUCAGUCCUACCUCCUCUCCCUCUCCGACCGCACGGAGGUGCACAGCGAACAGCUGAGUCGUGUGCGGUCGUCGCGCAGGCAAUACGUGUGUUUCGCUGGCGUUGAAUGUUCAAAAGUGAGCCACCUCACACAGCAAAGCCGAUGCGCUGCUCACUGACCUGGAUUCCAUCCCGCAGACUGGCUCAUACCCGACUCGAACGUCGUCAUCGGAACCCCUCUGCACCUUCCUCCUCCCCCUCUCCCCUCAAUAAACCCGACCAGGACCACCAACCAACAAUCCCAACCUCUGGUACACCCUCCAACCCCAUCGGCGAGCACACCCACCUGCUCUCCGAGCUACCCCCACCGACCCAACUCGAGCGGUCCAUCUCCGAUCCCGAGAUCAGCGACCUGUCUCCGAAUCUUCUUCACCUCUUGCCUCGAUCCGAUCCGCGUGCCCCCCCUUCCCUCGCCGCAGGUCCGCCCACGAGACCGACCAACGAACUCCGCAAACACUCGUCCCGGACCAUCUACUUUAACGGCAAUCGGCCUCAAAGCUAUGGCACCGUGAGCCACACUCGAUCCGACCCCGCCGAGCAGCCAGACCCCGACGAGCAUGACCCCGACCCCGCUCACCCACCUCGUACGGACAAGGAGUUCAUCAAAUCACCCCUAUGGCUCCUCGGCUUUUCCUUAUUGGCCCUCGGCGAGUUUGGCAACUUUUUGAGCUAUUCGUUCGCCCCCGCCUCGUUGGUGGCCCCGGUGCGUAACACCCCGUUCGAUCUUUCCAUCUUCAAUCGGGGACGAAAAACUCUUGGGCUGAUCGAGGGGCUCGUCGACGCACACAGUUGGGCUCGGUGGCUCUGGUAGCAAACGUUGGUCUGGCACCGUUGAUUUGUGGAGAGGUCCGUUCCUCUCCUCUGGACCAUUUGAUCACAGGUCUUCCCUAAUGGGGCCGCCGACCAAACCUUCACAGCCCUUUCGAAAACGUGACCUCUUUGGAUGCGCGCUCGCGGCCAUGGGCGCCGUCACGAUCGUAUGGGCCUCCAAGGCCCAGGAUAAACUUGUGAGCUGCAAAAUCUCGACGAAUUCAAUUUGACGCUCCCGCUGAAAUCCGAACCGCAUUCUUCCCCUUCAAAGCUUUACCCGCCCGAGAUGGUCGCUGCGAUCUCGACGCCUCUCUUCCUCGCCUACUCGAUCGCCUCCAUCGCCGCGAUCGCUGUGCUUGUCGUUCUGUCCAGAUCAAAAUACGGCGAUCGAUACGUCAUGAUCGAUCUGGGGAUUUGUGCUCUGUCUGUAAGCACUUUCUCCAAAAUUCCCAUCCCCAGCUCACCGGGUCUAGGGCUAAAAAUUUGAUUGUUCCUCUAGGGUGCUUUCACCGUCUUGUCGACGAAAGCGAUCUCGUCGUUCCUCAACAUCCUCUUUCUGCAAACGUUCGAGUAUUGGAUCACCUAUCCCCUUCUCCUCGUCUUGGCUGGUUCGGCGAUGUUGCAGAUCAACUUUAUCAACAAGGCCUUGCAGAGGUGCGCUCUGCCACUACCCCUCCCCUUUCUAGAAAGGUUAUCGCUGAUCAGAAAGCUUUUUGUGCGCCCGUAGGUUCGACUCGAGGGUCGUGAUCCCUAUCCAGUUCACCUCGUUCGCUUUGUCGACUAUCGGUAGGUUUCUCAUCCCUCUCAGCGUGCGGGAGCUCUUCACUGAGUAUUUCAUAUCAUCGUAUCUGGCACCAGUCGGCUCAGCGGUGCUCUAUCGAGAAUUCGACGGCGUCGACCUCUCUUCCUUUUUCAAUUUUAUCUUUGGGUGUGUGAUUUGUGGUGCAGGUGAGUGAUCUCGUGGAUGACAGGUGUUGAAGAGAGACUAAGCGUUCCUUCGGCCUUGUCCCAGGCGUCUACCUCUUGACCGGUGAUGCGCCUUCCGAAGAGAACCACUCUGAAGAAGAAGGCAAAUCCCACCCGACCUAUACGAACGCCUCUCACGCAACCCAAACCUACACCCCCUCCACACCACUCGACUUCCCCCAUCCUAUAUCCCUCGAAGUACCCUCCAUCAUAGACCCUUCUUCGCUCACGAGCACAAGUCGUUUCGGAAGUCUGGGACAUUCCCCCACCAAAGCGCUUAAACAAGCGAGUCGGAAAUUGAGUUUGACUCUAGGUGGAACGCAGUAUUUAUUGGCUCGUUCACCGGGAUCGAUGGGUUUGAUUAGUGGUGGUGGUGGUGGUGGUGGUCGGAAUGAUUUGGAGGAAGGGGGGCCGGAGACUUCGCGAUCAUUUUCAGCUGGUCGGAGUUAG